AUGGAGGAAGUAAGGUAUUGGUGUCACGCGUGUUCUCAAAUGGUGGAUCCCAUCAUGGAAGUAGAAAUGAAAUGCCCAAUUUGCCAAAGCGGAUUUAUUGAAGAAAUGAAUAGCAACACGAGGGACAAUCAUGAAGCUGACUCUGAUUUUGGAUCAGAUCGAGCCCUCUCCCUCUGGGCACCAAUCUUGCUGGGAAUGAUGAACAAUCCCCAUCGACGCCGAAGAUUAAGACGACUAGACUUUGAUGAGGAUGAGGAUGAUGAUAAUGAUGAUGGCGAGGCCCGCCAUGGCGGAGACACUGAAUUGGACAGGGAACUUGAAUCAAUCAUCCGAAGGAGGAGGAGAAACUCGGCUACUAUUCUACAGCUGCUUCAAGGCAUUCGGGCUGGCUCGGCAUCUGAGUCUGAGAAUUCUGAGAGUGAUAGGGAUAGAGAGAGAGAAAGGGAAAGUGAAAGGGAACGAGUAAUUCUGAUCAAUCCUUUCAGUCAAACCAUCAUUGUUCAGGGUUCUUAUGGUUCGAAUCAUGGCCAAAACAACAAUCACACCCCUAUGGGUUCAUUAGGCGAUUAUUUUAUUGGGCCUGGUUUAGAUUUAUUGCUGCAACAUUUGGCAGAGAAUGAUCCUAACAGAUAUGGGACUCCGCCAGCGCAAAAGGAGGCAGUGGAAGCUCUGCCCACUGUGACAAUCAAGGAGAAUCUGCAGUGUUCAGUGUGCUUGGAUGAUUUUGAGGCUGGUGUAGAAGCAAAAGAGAUGCCAUGUAAGCAUAAAUUUCAUAGCGGGUGUAUUCUGCCAUGGCUGGAGCUUCAUAGUUCCUGUCCAGUAUGCAGGUUUCAGUUGCCUGCUGAUGAAUCCAAACGCGAUUCUGAUAAUUCUAGGAACAGCAGUGACCAAAGGGAGAGUGAAAACAUAGGUGGUGAUGGUGGUGGGGUGGAGGGAGAUGGGGAUGGGAGAAACGGAAGCGGAAGAAGGUUUUCAAUUCCAUGGCCUUUCAAUGGUCUGUUUUCUAACUCAGGAUCUCAAUCUAGUGGCAGUGGGGGUAAUUCUUCCUCAGCAGCAAAUGCAACUGGAAGUGGAAGCGCUUCUCGAACAGAUGAGAAUUGA